GUGCCAGGACUCGUGGCGAGCGUUACGGAACAAGAAGAUAUCCUUCUCUACAUCAAGAAAGUCACCUUCAAGAGCAUCAUUACAUCGUUCAGCCCCAAAACCAUCAGGGGCAACACUGCCAAUACCAUUUACUUCUGGGGAAAAUGGCAAGUCUUCGAAGGAGAACCUCAAGUUGGCGGAAAAGUUUGCUUUGCACAGGAAAUUACAGGCUGCACGCCCUGUUACUCCGGAUUGCGGCAGAGCUUCAGCCUUGACGUUCAAGAUGAGCUUGUGCCUGGUCCGCUGGGCAAGGUGACAUAUCGACCUGUUGGGGCAUCCCAUUCCUUGAACGAGAUACUCUGCUAUCAAGCUCCAAACAGUUGCCAAUGGGUUCGGCAAACGGACAAAGUUCUGCAGGUGAUCAACGAGGAGGUGCCAUCUGCAACCUCACCUUCCACAGUGUCCUCAAUUUGGCCCGUGCUGGCAACAGUGAAUGUUCUGACCUCCAUCACAUUUUCAGGCGCGCUUGCCGGCGACAAGGCAAUCUUCAUCCACAGCAAAGACGCUCCAGGCUGCGAUGCAGUGAGGCCCGACAAGGAGGUUGGCUUUGGAGAAGCUCACUUCUCCUUCUCUCGGCUAGGGGUCUAUCUGCUCUGCUAUCGAGCGGCUGGAGCACACGACUCCGUGCUACAGAGCGGCUUCAACCUCACAGUGAAAACUCCGGGCGUUACAGAAGACAUGAUCAGACCUUUCCGAAGCAAGGGCGGCAGCUUCGAUUGCUCUACCUUGCAGCUGGUCCCACAUUGCUCUAUGAUGAAUUCUGGAUCGUGCCAAACAUCAUAUAUUAUUCACAGAGGAGUUGGUUUCCGAUGCCACUGGAACGAUGAGCUGAAGCCACCAGCGUGUAACGUGGAAAGGGACAAAGCAGGUUCGUCAGACAUUUGCACCUCCACGAAGUGCCCCGGCAGACCCUCACUAUGCUGGUGA